AUGGAGGCUGUGGAAUGCAAUACUGGUGCAAUCUUCUUUGUGGAUGGCCCAAAAGGAACUAGAAAGACAUAUUUAUAUCAUGCACUAUUGGCCUCAGUGAGAAGUCAAGGUCGAAUUUCCAUUGCAACAGCAACUUCUGGAAUUGCAGCUACACUUUUACCUAGUGGAAGGACAGCCCAUUCAAGAUUCAAGAUCCCAUUAAAUCCAAAGGCUUCGUCCGUGUGUUCCAUUACUAAACAAUCAGAUUUGGCAGAACUGAUUAGACAUGCAACAAUCAUCAUAUGGGAUGAAGCUACAAUGACAAAUCGUUAUGCUUUUGAACCUUUGAAUCGAACACUCAUAGACAUCACUGGUGUUGAUUAUCCAUUUAGUGGCAAAAUUAUGGUGUUUGGUGGUGAUUUUCGACAAGUACUUCCAAUUGUUCCUAAAGGUACAAAAGCUGAAACUAUUACUGCAUCGAUAAUCAAAUCACCUCUCUGGAGUCACAUUCAAAUAAUUCGUUUAAAGCAAAACAUGCGCUCUAUAAAUGACCAACAGUUUGUUGAAUUUCUUUUAUUUAUUGGAGAUAGUGUACAACCUACCAUUAUAGAUAAAAUGAUCAAAGUACCAACAUCGAUGGCAAUACCAUGGAAUGGCGAAGAAUCAAUAGUUCGACUAUUAGAAGAAAUUUAUCCUGAUAUCAGAAACCAUUCUUUUGACGCCGAGUAUAUGGUUAGUAGGGGCAUAAUAACUCUUCGUAAUGAAGAUGUCGACAAGCUCAAUGAGAAAAUCAUUCAGAGAUUUCCGGGAGAAUCAAGAGUGUACCACUCAUUUGAUAAGGUUGAAAAUGAUACCCAAAAUUUGUAUUAA